AGCAGAGACAAGGUACAUAGCAGUACAGGCUUUUUGUGUGGCUUGUACGUGCAUAGGAGAGUCGAGAGAAUGGCUGGGGCCAGCGCCAAGGCAGCUGCGAUGGUGCUCUCCGUGCUCCUCACGUACGACCUCGCCGCCGGCGUCGGCUACACCAACGACUGGCUCCCGGCCAAGGCCACCUGGUACGGCCAGCCCAACGGCGCCGGCCCCGACGACAACGGCGGCGCGUGCGGGUUCAAGAACACCAACCAGUACCCGUUCAUGUCCAUGACCUCCUGCGGAAACCAGCCCCUGUUCCUGGACGGCCAGGGGUGCGGCGCCUGCUACCAGAUACGGUGCGUGAACAACCCGUCGUGCUCCGGCAGGGCGCAGACGGUGAUGAUCACCGACAUGAACUACUACCCGGUGGCUCGGUACCACUUCGACCUGAGCGGCACGGCGUUCGGCGCCAUGGCGAAGCCCGGGCUGAACGACCAGCUCCGGCACGCCGGCAUCAUCGACAUCCAGUUCAAGCGGGUGCCGUGCUACCACCGGGGGCUCAACAUCAACUUCCACGUGGAGGACGGCUCCAACCCGGUGUACUUCGCCGUGCUGGUGGAGUUCGCCAACAAGGACGGCACGGUGGUGCAGCUCGACCUCAUGGAGUCCCGCCCCGACGGCUCCCCGACGUGGCAGUGGACGCCGAUGCGCCGCUCCUGGGGCUCCAUCUGGCGCCUCGACUCCAACCACCGCCUCCAGGCGCCCUUCUCCCUCCGCAUGGUCAGCGAGUCCGGCCAGACCCUCGUCGCCGACCGCGUCAUCCCGGCGAACUGGAGGGGCAACACCAACUACGGCUCACGCGUCCAGUUCCGUUGAUCGAUCUCCAUCGUCGUCGCCGUCGCCGGAACGAAUUUUAAUUCGAUCGGCAUGCCCUAUAGACGUACUGCUAUCGAUUCCUGUGUGAUUGCAAAUUGCGAACGGACCGAGAGUUUCUUUUUCUUCUUCUUCUUUUAAAUUUGUAUUUGUAUUUUCUUCUUUUUUUAAAAUUUGUAGUUAUGUGUGUGUCAGCGAGAUGUGUGGGUAAAAACGGAGGAGGGCAAUGCACGCAGUAUCCAUGUGCUUGCUCUGAACCACCCCCACAUUGACAAAUGACAAGUGCCAUAUGUUACCAGAUUGGCAGACUACUAUUGUAACCAAGCCAAGUUUAUAAUUGAACUGCUUACAGUGUGCUUGCUUAU